AUGCCUACAUUGAGGAAUUUAGCUUUGCUGGCGCUCGUCGGCUCGUUGCUCACCUACGGAGUGGGUGUAUUCGUGUACCUUAUAUGCGGUCUUAUUUCAUUCGCAGCAGGGUUUCUUCUUUUUCUUCCCGAUCUUCAGUGGGUUCCUCUAAAGCGUAAAAUCCCCACAUCUCGAGGACUGAUUAAGAUUGAAGAACUCCAGCCAAAAUCAUUCCAGAAGAAGGGUAGUUAUGCAAUAUCAGGCUGUCCAGAGCUUGAUCAUGUACUCAAUCAGUUGCUUGAGUAUGUCAUCGAGGACUACAUCCGCUUCUGGUACACUCCACUGACAAGCGAGUCUGAGUUUCCCCAUCACUUGCACGCGGCAAUGGCGCAGCUACUAGCCGAGGUUUCUAACCGGGCAAAGCGUGUCGAUUGGGUGCCAUUCGUGAUUGAAGGCGUCCCGAAUUUGGUCAUCGAGCACUUGCGCAUUCAUCGCAGAGCUCUCGAGAGAAAUCCAUACGCUAGUCCUGAAGAGCAAAUUAAACUCUUUUUCGAUGAGGAGUUUGAGGCAGAAAGGUUUGUCUGUCGUGAAAGCAUUUGCACUUCACGAAAGUUGGAGCUAAACCACCUUCGCAGACUAACUGAUGUGUUCCUUUUUGCUAUAAUGCCCGAGGAGGAUUAUCGGAUACCGACUUUCCGAUAUUUACUUAAGGAAAUACUUGUUAAUGGCAUACUUCUACCCACUGUGGAUAUCCUCGCCGAUCCGGACUUCGUGAAUCAAUCGAUCAUUAAAUUAUGCAAUGAGUCGGCGUUUACAAGUCCCUACUUUAUCCAGUCCUUGAAAAUGUCUACUCGGGAGGACGAAUUGAUGGCAGUUAAGGAGCGUAUUGAGGCGUUUUCUGUGAAACUACGCGGUCGCGAUUCCGGCGGUGAUGAUGACACACUAGUGAAAGCCCAAAUAAACAGUCUGGCUUUUCUGGAGAACAUUUGCAACUCGCAGAUCGCGCUAAUUAAACGGGGACUGUCACAGAAGUCGGAUCUUCGUAAUGGCACCACGGAAUCGGAUGCCCUGUCCCGGACAGUUGACCUCACCUUUGACGAUGUUAUGGCCAGCGAUGUUGCUGUUUCCAACUUCCUAGAAUUCCUCACCUCAAUCAACGAGCAGUCGCUGUUCAGUCUGUACUUAAAUUGCGUAAGUGUUGGAGAUCUGUUCUUCCCCUUCCGAAUUCGGGAGCGUAAAAUGCAGAACGACCCUAUCACCCUCAAGUGUAUCCUUCUGGCGUACCGAGUGAACUCCGAAGAGCUCAUGACCUCCAUCUCUUCCGAUGACGCGGUUUUCGAAAGCGUAGAAGACGGCGAUGACGGAAUCCAUUUUUCCACCGGCCCGGAAUUCGUUGCGGACACGACAGGCGCUGCUCCAGCUGCUGCUCCUGCUCCUGCCGCAGCCACUACACUCUCGCCACAGGACAGGGAAGCCAUGGAGGGCAUCCGGGCGUUCGGGGUCUCCAUGUGCAACAUCAUCAUGCGCACCCUGCCCCAGGUCUCAGAGGAGACGGUCCACCGAUGCAUUCGGAACCUCACUACGCCCCUUGAAUCAAUCGAUCCCACUGUCUUCCUGGCGAUCGAGGAAGAAUUAGUGCGGAUGCUCACAGCCGAGAAUUGCUUUGGAGCCUUCAAAAAAAGUCCCUUUUAUGCUCGCACUUUGGAUGAAAUCGGACUGCCGGAGAUGUUGGCGGACUCGCCUCGUCGAUUGAAGGCAAAUCGACUAGACGACAAGGCCGCCGCACCCGCCAACGACGAAACCUCGGACACGACUUCGACAACUUCCUCUGCUUCCGUCUCCUCUCGGGGUGCCUCGCAGUCGUCAAUAAUAGGUGGGUCUGAAGGGGACCUUCGUUUUCACUGCCCGUCUUCAGCAUCAUCGUCAUCAUCAUCAUCACCGCCCUACUUUGCCGAUUCGUACCGCGCGAGUGUUCUGUCUGGUGAAAUGGUCCGUGAUGGCUACGUCGCGUACACAGUAGAGGUAACCUGCACUUCCAACAUCUCCGAUCGCAAGUCGGUCUGGCGGACCUACCGUCGCUACAGCCAAUUCGACGAUCUACACUCGUGCAUUGUGGAACAGUGUGGCCGAAUUCCAAAUUUAAAGUUGCCUUCGAAGAAGACUUUUAGCAAUGUUAGCAGUGAAUUCAUCGAGAAAAGACGCUUCGAACUGGACGAAUACCUCCAGACACUCUGUUGCCUAGACGCAAGUGGCAAAUAUCCCAAACUGCACCCGAUUCUCGUGAGUUUUCUACAGCCGGAGAAUUGGGAGCGGAAGAAAGCCUUGCCUUCUGGUGUUUCUUCACUAGUGAAUCCUCUAAAAGCUGUCGGCUCGGCCAUAAUAUCCGUUCCGGACACCCUUUUUGACGGUUUCUCAAAAAUGAUAAACCGACGGUCGCCGGGGCAGGUACCAGGCCGAUCUGAGACCAACGGUGCCCUUGGUGGUCGAGCUCCCCUCUUCAACGACGGUUACACCUCCAAUCUUACCAUCCUGGACCAGACGGAUUCUGACAACAUUCCAUUCCGUCUCCUGUUUAUGCUCGUCGAUGAGGUGUUCAAUUUGCAAAGAAAGACGCAACUGUUUCGUCGCGGCACCUUGACCAUCCUGAGGAACAUCGUACAGACCUUCUUCGGAGACAUAAUGAAUCGCAAGAUUAUAGAAAAGGCGAAGCAUUUGAUAAGCGCCAAACAGAUCGCCGUCUACACCGGCAUGCUUUGCGACGUGCUGUGGCCGAACGGUCCGAGGGCAGAAUCGGCCGGCGAGAAUCCGGCCAAAGAGGGCUCCGCCAGCUCACCAACUUCGUCCACACGGAAUGAGGCCAUGAAACUGCGAACUCGCAUUCUGUGCCGUGCUGUCAUGUUCGGGAGUGUUGCUGACCGACCACCUCGUCUUAAUUUCGUUCUUCUUGCAGAGGAACUUGCCUCCUACUUGGGCAUAGAGACGACACGAGAGGGCGUACAGAGGGUCUUCGACCUGCUCCAACAGCCCCACCUCAACCGGCGUCUUGUGCACUGCCUCCUUGAAGGCAUUAUUCGUCUAGCAUUGAGCGACUAUACGACGCAGUUGAACGAAAUUUACGCUCAGGACAACCGUCGACCUGGGUCCUUCUAA